GCAUUCUAAGAAAUGAAAAAUGAUCGCUGUCUGGAUUUUGUGUUUAAUCUUCAGCACCAUGUUCCAACCUGGUAGACGCUGGGUCACUGCACAGUCCCUCACAGAAUCACGGGUUUAUCAUUUGGAUAAAGAGCUCAGUGUGAAUAUCGGAGACUCGGCUACUCUGCGGUGUUGUGUUUCUGAAAACGAAUUUGGGAUGACAGCCUGGUUUAAGCAAAAAGACAGAAAACCACCUCAACUUAUGAUCAAGUUCUAUAAGACUUCUGAAGAAAUGUUUUAUAAUGGAAUCGAAAAGUCUCGUAUUAAAAUGGAAAGAUCUUCUAACUGCUUCAAUAUGACCAUUUUAAACAUCAUUCAGUCUGAUGAAGCCAUGUACUACUGUGCAGUAUUGAUGACACACAUCAAUUUUGGAGAUGGAACUUACUUAAACAUUAAGGAAACAUCUAAGCCAGCUCUGUGGAAUAACUCAGUUGUGUGUGAACCAACACUGCAUGGAAAUAACGUUUACAUGAACAUACAAGACAAAACAGUGAUCUUUUUGGCAAUGGCUUUGGGUUUGUGUCCAUUUCUGGCUCUCACUUAUUUCAUGCUGAAGAUAAGAAAAUGUAAUAAAAUGAACACUCUAGAACAAUCUUCAGGAAUCAAGCGGGAAUCAGCAGACAGAUUUUCUUAUGAAACUUUGCAGUUCUUCAGGAGGAAAGUCCAACCUGGAGGAAUGGAUAAUUUCAUGUACACUGAUGUGAUGUAUAUGAAACAAUAAGAGAGUAAAAUACAGUAAAACAGAUACUGACCAAAUCACUCAGAAUCAAUCAUUAUUAAUAGCUAAACUGCUGGGAUGUUUUAAUGCAGUAGACAUGUUAGUGAUAGAUGUCCUAUCAAG